AUAUUGCAAAACAUUUUAUAAUCACAUGAAAUCCAUGAAAGCUAGUCUUAGCGAUAAAGAAUGCUUUAUCAGCGACAAAAUUCGCAACUCAACGUAUUUCUUACGAUGUGUGACAAUAUACCGGUAAGUACGCAGGUCGUACCGACCUUUCUCAACAGUAUGGACCUUAGCGACUUAUUGGACUUUACAAACACCUCCAAACCAACGCAAAAUUCAAAAACGGAAUUAUUGUGUACAUCUAAUGCCACUGCAACAAACGCCGGAAAUUGCACAAGCGUUACCGAGCCCAGUUUUUCUGCGUGUAACACAACGGACGUUAGGGGCUUGAAUUUUCUGACGAAAGACGUAACGUCAGAAUUGCAAAACGCGGUACUGCCUCAAGGGCUGAUGCCGUAUAUCAAAGAGGAACUGAAAUAUACAAUCCAGUCAAAACGCAUGAAGGAGGGAAAAGAAGAGUUGAAGGUCGACUUCACGGACCGUGAACCUUGCGCAUUAAGCCCGGAAGAGGAACAGAAAGUCGAGAAACGAAAAGUCCAGAACCGGAUGGCGGCAAGGCGCUUCCGGGACCGACAGAAAACGCAGACGCAUUCGCUGCAGAAGGAGUGUCGGCGGUUAGAAAACGAGAAGACGGAAUUAAGGAAAGAACUAGAACAGGUGCGAAAGGAAAGGGACGGAAUUCGCCAGUUAAUGGAGAUACAUCUCGCUUCCUGUCCGCAGCAACAAUUUCCCGCGCUUUUCCAUGGGAACUUUCCAGCUGGUGUGAACAAACUCAGCUGACACCAAAGGGAGAAAACUGUGUAUUAAGUUACGCACUAUAAGGACUAAAAUAGUUUUUUGUCUCCACUUGCCAGACGGUGAAUAAUCUUUGGUGCCGUAUCGUAUUUUUCUCUGAUAAUACGGGAUGAGAUACCAAACACUUGCUACAUUCGAUUAUAUCCGGAAAUAAACUUUUUAAUAUCAGAAAAGAUAUGUCGCAAAGCGAUGGGGACCAUAUCAGGCUAUUAAUACCCUUGUACAAGUGGGUAAUAACAUGUGAAUACUAAAAAUGGAGAUAUUAGUGGAAUCAAACAUUUUAUUUUCCGGCCUUAUGACAGCUGUAAAUGCGAUAUUAUUUAUCUUUUAUAGAUAAACAAGAAUGGUGUAUAUAAUGUAUAUGAUUCAUAUGGUGUAAACCAUUGUCUUUUUUCAACCUACCACCAUUAUAUUAUGUCUGCAGGGAAAAUGAAAAGUGAGCGUUAUAUUCACGAAGCGCCAAAUAACAAUAUUUACUUUCAUGGCAUUAUUUAAUAGUUAAAAAUAGUAACAUAUGAUGAAUGGAUGUUCAUUUUGUCACUAAGUUAUUCAAGUCAAAAUUAAUCUUAAUGGACCAACCAAACUUUUAAAAAGUAACACAAAAUUGUUCUACAUUUCCUUGAAAUUUUACCGGAUACCACAGCCAUAUUUUUAUCAGUCUGCAAGUCUCUUUCAAAACAGACUUAGUUGUCUCUUUCAAUACAGACUUAGUUGUCUCUUUCAAUACAGACUUAGUUGUCUCUUUCAAUACAGACUUAGUUGUCUCUGUCAAUACAGACUUAGUUGGUUUUCUGUUUAUAUUUCGACAAGUUAAAAGAUUAAGUUAUUAAGUCGUGGCGCUUUCUUGUUUAAAAGAAUGAACGAAAAAAGUUAGCAUAAACUGUCAUUGUGAUAGUCUGUGUUUACGUCCCUUUAAAAGGGGAGACCUUGUGGAAGUUGGAUUCUUGUUCGCACCCAGCAAAGCACGCAUGUGUACACAACUCUAGCUUUUACUUUACACGUAUUUAUUGGUUUGAUACUGGUACGCCAAACCAUGCCUGUCAAAGCGGAAUAUCUCCGAUAUUUCCAAAAACAAACAUUUCAUGUAUGUUAAUAUUCAUGUGUUAGUUUUUUUGGAUACAUAUUCGUCUCGAUAUAAACUAUAUAUAGUAAGUGUCUUGUUCUGUGAAAAAUGGGCAAAAUGCAUGUGCGUAAGUGUCGUCCCAGAUAAGCCUGUGCAAUCCGCUUUUAUGAUAUUUUCUGUUUAAAGAAAGUCUCUUCUUAGCAAAAAUCCAAUUAAGGUGGAAAGUGUCGUCCCUGGGACGACACUUAAUGCACAUGCAUUAAGCCCAGUUUUCUCAGAACACGACUCAUAAAGUCAUCAUUACUUUAACAUAUUUGUACGUAAUUAAUAGUCACUAUGUAUGUUAGUGUAUCCUAUCUUGCAAAUAUUCGUAUUUUCAUACUUUAUAUUAUUUAAUGCGGUAUGUCUCUCUUUAAUUAACACAAUUUAAUCGAUACAUCUCGACUAGAAGCCGCUCUACUAUGAAAUGAGGUUCGGCAUUACAUUUUAUUCUUUGUUGUUUUUAUGACGGUUCGCAUGAUUGUUGUAAAAGUAUUUAUUGUUGUUUCAUUAACAUAUCGUUACUCGUCGUUAUUCAUUGAAUAUUCGAUUCUUAUAUACCUCAUAUCAUAUGUAUAUUAUUACUGUUAUAAAAGAUGUUUACACUAUCGAUCUUCAUUUUGUGAAUUUGAACCUAUUUUUGUUUGCUGAAUUCGUAUUUUUGUCUGUCUUGUGCGCAUAUUUUAUUACAAGGCAACACGUUUACAUGUGUUUUGUCCAGUUAAUGAAUGCAUAAACUACUGUCAAUAUUUUGAUGUUUGCCUUUAAAUUCGAAUAUGUUAUUAUAUAUACAUUUCGUUGUUCUUUG